AUGUCCAUCCAGACAACGAUAUCACCUCACAACCAGAAGCCCUAUGUUUCUAGAAUAUACCCCACAAAGGACGAACUUGAUGUCAUCGUCAAGAACGCUGCCACAGCUCAGAAAUUAUGGAGUGGGGUUCCGGUCAACGAAAGGGUGCUUAUCGGUAGGAAGUUCAUGGACGAGUUUAGGAAAAUGAAGGAUGAAAUACCGUUGGAGUUGUCACUUCAGAUGGGGCGCCCAGUCUCCCAAGGCGCAGGAGAAGUUCGAGGUGUUCUGGAACGAGCAGAGUACAUGCUAUCUGUAGCAGAAUCAUCUUUGGCAGAUGUUUCACUAGCAGAUACAGAUAAGCCUGGAUUCAAACGAUACAUCAAACGAACUCCGUUGGGUGUCGUGCUCGUUAUCGCGCCUUGGAAUUUUCCGUAUCUCGUGUCGAUCAAUUCUGUUCUGCCCGCCAUCAUCGCAGGCAACGCGGUUUUGCUGAAGCCCUCACCGCAAACACCCCUAACCGCGGAGAGAUUUGCACUCGCAUUGACUCAGGCGGGUGUACCGAAAGACGUUAUCCAGGUGGUCCAUUUGUCGCCUUCUUUGACUACACACGUUAUCCAGCAUCCAUCCAUUGACUUCGUGUCUUUCACUGGCAGCGUGUCGGGAGGUCGGUCUAUAGCGGAAACUGCUGCGAAAGCGUCCGGAUUUACUGGUGUCGCUUUGGAGCUUGGUGGGAAAGACCCAGCGUACGUCGCGUCUGAUGCAAACCUGGAUUAUACAGCUGGUGAGUUAGUUGAUGGUGCUUUCUUCAAUUCAGGACAAAGUUGCUGCUCCGUCGAGGCGAGUUCAAGGGUAUAUGUUCACGAAUCAAUCUAUGAAGAGUUUGUAAAACGAUUUGUCGAGAUCACAAAGACAUACAAACUUGGCGAUCCUACGCUUUCGGAAACCAAUCUGGGGCCCGUGGUUAGCUUAGCGAGUGCCGAACGUAUUCGAAAACAGAUUGAUGAUGCUGUCAAAGCGGGUGCCAAAGCUCUUAUCUCAGAACAACUAUUUCCCUUUGCGAAAUCUGGUACCACAUAUGUCGCACCACAGGUUCUCGUCGACGUCAAUCAUUCAAUGGAUGUUAUGAUGGAAGAGACGUUUGGCCCGGUUGUUGGGAUACAGAGCGUUGCCUCAGUUGAUGAGGCUGUGAGGCUCAUGAACGAUUCGCCUUACGGUUUGACUGCAUCCGUCUGGACCGACGUCGAAGCCAAUCCUCAAUCUGAGGUCUUCAAUAAAUUUGUGAACGAAUUGGAAACUGGGACGGUGUUUUUAAACAGCAGGUGCGAUUAUUUGGACCCUGCUUUGGCCUGGACUGGGGUAAAAGAUAGCGGAAGAGGUGUUAGCUUGAGUAAAUUUGGAUAUGAUCAGGUCACACGAGCGAAGUCGGUUCACAUGAAGAUCAGGACAACGUAG